AUGAUCACACACUCCGCGGGCCCCAAUACCAUGCCCUGGGCAACCAGCCCCAAUAUCACCGCUAUCAUUGCAGCACAUCUGCCAGGACAGGAGACAGGGAAUUCAAUCGCGGAUGUUCUCUGGGGCCAUGUCAAUCCAUCCGUAAAGCUGCCAUAUACCAUAGCCCAGGAUGAGAAAGACUACAACGCCCCAAUUUUUAACAUCACUGGCCCCCAAGCGACCAAUUCAUCGGCCUGGCAGUCCGAUUUCUCUCCUCUACUACCUCCCUUCUACAUAAUCUGA